GAGGCCAACACUUAAAAUUUUAUUUACAAUGAAAAUCAGACAUUGAUUUUGAAUUCAUACAUCCAUUUUCUUCCAUUCAUCUGAGGUCAGGUCACGGGGACAGUACCUUUUACGAGGAAGCCCAGACUUCCCUCUUCCCAACCACUUCCUCCAGCUUUUCUAAGGGGAUCCCAAGGCUUUUCCAGGUAAGCUGAGAAACAUAGUCCCUUCAGCAUGUCCUGGGUCGUCUCCAAGGUCCUCUCCCGGUGGGAUUUGCCUGGAACACCCCAACAAGGAGGCCUCCAGCAGUCAUCCUAAACAGAUGCCCCAGCCAUCUAAUAUGGCUACUCACAUUGUGAAGGAGCCACUCCCAUAUGACCGAGCUUCUCAUCCCAUCUCACCUCCUAUCUCUAAGGGAGAGUCCGGACAGCCUGUGAAGGAAACUAAUUUUGGCCGUUUGAUAGAUCCAGGAUCUUGUUCUUUCGGUUACGACCCACAGCUUGUGAUUGUAGGAACAUAUAUCGACCGGUAAAUACAGAGCUUCACCUUUUGGCUUAGCCCCUUCUUCACCACAACGUAUUGAUACGAAGUCCACGUUAUUGCAGUUUCUGCACCAAUCUGCCUAUCGAGCUUCCAUGCCAUAUUUUCCUCACUUGUGAAAAAGACCCUAAAAUAUUUCAACUCAUCCCCUGGAGGACGCUCCAGAAAUAGUUGGGGAUCACGGCUUGAUGUAGCCAACAGAACCACAUCAUCUGCAAAAAACAAAGAUGUAGUGCUCGGGCCAUCAGACCGGAUCUCCUCUAGACCUCUGCUGUGUCUAGAAAUUCUGUCCAUAAAAGUUCUAAACAGGAUCAGUGACAAAGAGCAGCCUUGGCGAAUUCCAGUUCUCACCAGAAACAGCUCUGACUUACUGCCGGCAAUGCGGCCCUAACUCUGACACUGGCCAUACUGGGAUUGAAGAGCCCGUAUCAGGGGGUUCGCCAUCCCAUACUCCUGAAAUGAAUCUCAUGAAUCAGGCAUGGACAAAUGUAUUAUGUAGAAUUAGAUGUUAAUAUCCCUCAAUUCAUGCAUAUUUUAGGCACCGAUGAGGCUCUGUGGAAUGUUCAAUUAAGUGAUGGCACCCUAUGGGUUCUCAUGUGGGCUUCCUUCUGUCAUCAAGUCGCUGAAAGACCCAUGAUACUCUCGAGAGGGUUCAGCAGUUGAACCCCAGCAUCCCAGGUUCAACCCAAUGUCCCAUCAAUUCUUUUGAAAGCCCGAUUGGGGUCUUUUCUCUUUAUCCACAGCCAUUGGCUGGCCUUUUCCGCCGCCUUGGAGAGAUCUCUGACUUCCUUUUGAUGGGCCUUCCCUAAGACUCCCAUCUCUGAGUAGCCUGGAUGUUGAGCUGGCUUUCAACCCUCUGCAGCCUGCUUCCACUGGUCGUACCUCUGCUCUCCUGUUGCACUUUGGCUGAAAGUCCUGCAUACCUUAGCCUCUUCCGCUCAUACACCUCCUCGACUGCUCCCUCCCAGGGGACUGUGAGCUAGAUGAUAUGGACUAGUUUGAAAGAGGCAGACCAAAGCACCAGAUCUGGUUGUAGGGUGGGAGUUGCAAUCUCAGCUGAGAAACAGAGCUUCUUGCCAGCAGCUUCCAGUCUUGUGCACUGCCCAGCUGUCCGCUGUCUGGUGGCUUGUUAAUGUGGCCGGUUUGACUCUCCCCCUCCCAAACAAACAGCCUUGGUUGCCAGUUGGAUGACAAGGGUGGAAGGGCAUCAGCCUCAUCCGGUGGUUCUCCAGAACACCAGCAAGACACUUAAGGACUUGGUUGUGCUGCCAGGUGUAAUGGCCUUGAGUAAGGCUGGUCUUGCUCCCAACCAAGAUGUUCUUCAGUGUUGCAGGGCUUGGCACAACAGGCACUUGGGGUCUCUGAUGGAUGAGAUCACCCGUCCUUUCCAGCUUCUUUAUAAUGGUGCUUCUGGAAAGCUCUGUAAAGAGUGGUUAUCAGCCCCAAAAGAUCACUGGCUGCUCUCUGCCCUCCCUAAGGACAUUGCCAACUCCCGCUAUCACUGCAGAACAACUAAUAUUGUAGAGGACUCUUCACAUCCUGGUCAUCACCUGUUUAGCCUGUUGCCCCCUGGCAGGCGGUACAGGUCCCACAAAACACAGACAACCAGAUUCAAGGACAGCUUUUUUCCCAGAUCAACUCCUGGAACUCAGACCACUGAACAUAACAACAAGGUAAUGUAACAUUUUGCAAGAGCACUUUUGUGCAUUUAUUUAUUUACUUAUUUUAGUAACAACUGUGCCUUGAUGUUUUAUCUUUUUUUUUUAACAGAAGAUUUUCUUCAAUUUCUUUUCCAUUUUAUUGCAUCUUAUGGAGAAGCACUCAUCAUUUCAUUGUAUGCACAGCAUAUAAUGACAAUAAAGGCUUUUGAUUUGAUUUGAUUGAUUUCUUCCACUAUGCUGCAGAGAUGCAUGUUGACCUUCUUCCAUAAAGCCUUAUCACAAACCUUUGGCCAUUUGAUCAAUGGCCUGCGCCCCUGCAUCUUCCUCCCUGCAAUUGGAUUGAAUGUUUGGUUCGGGGCGGGACAACAAUUUCACUCGGCCCAAUGAAAAAGGAGAGUUUGAGGUAGCGGAUGGCAUCAGCUCCACUGUCUUUCGAGCCAUUUUGGAUUACUACAAAUCAGGGAUGAUCCGCUGCCCUGAUGGCAUUUCCAUUCCUGAGCUGAGGGAGGCAUGUGACUACCUGUGUAUCUCCUUCAACUACAGUACCAUCAAGUGCAGAGACCUCAGUGCCCUGAUGCACGAACUGUCCAACGACGGUGCCAGGUGCCAGUUUGAGUGUUACCUGGAGGAGAUGGUGCUCCCGCUGAUGGUGGCCAGUGCACAGAGCGGAGAGAGGGAGUGCCACGUGGUGGUGCUAACCGAUGACGACGUGGUGGACUGGGAUGAAGAGUACCCACCACAGAUGGGAGAGGAGUACUCUCAGAUUAUCUACAGCACCAAACUCUACCGCUUCUUCAAAUACAUUGAGAACAGAGAUGUGGCCAAGUCGGUGUUGAAGGACAGAGGACUUAAGAAAAUCCGAUUGGGAAUAGAAGGCUACCCAACAUACAAAGAGAAGGUGAAGCGGCGCCCGGGAGGUCGUCCGGAGGUCAUCUACAACUACGUCCAGCGUCCUUUCAUCCGCAUGUCGUGGGAAAAGGAGGAGGGGAAGAGCCGCCAUGUGGACUUUCAGUGUGUCAAGUCCAAGUCCACCACCAACCUGGCUGCUGCUGCUGCGGACAUCCCCCAGGACCAGCUAGUGGUCAUGCAUCCCCCUGGCCCGCAGGUGGAUGAGCUGGACACGCCGCAGCAGCUGGGCGUUCCCGACCAUCACCAAUCCCCGGCUUCAGUUCAGGGUCCAGGGGGCGCAGCCUGCCAGCAGGCUCUGGAAACCCAUAACCUGGCCGCUCACAGUCUGGCACCGAGGAACUUGCAGCAUGCCUGGGCAUCUUACCAAUAUGAACCCAACCCAGACCCCCCCUCGCCCUCUGCAUGAGACUCUCCAGGUGGCUUUUAGGCUGGAUUUACACCACGGGAGCACUCGGUAUCUGAUGUCCUGACAUUUGGAGGUUACAAACAGCAAAGGAAAGCUCUUAAAGCAUUUUGCCAAUAGCCUUGUUAUGCAGCUUAAGGUCCACGUACUAAGUUGCACCUUUUGAGCACUAGUAGAAUCACUGCAUCUUACUAGUAACAUUUCCCCCACUACUUGUGCUCCUAUAGGCUUAGUAGUAUGUUCUUUGUUUACGCCAGUAAGACUGUUUAGUGGACUAGUAGAACAAAUGUCAGUUUUGUUCAUGACUAGUUCCUCUUUUGGCUUACCAGUAUUAUGCUUUUGGUCCCGACUAGUUUGAGCAAUGAUUCUCAAAGUGGUACAUGAAAUAAACAUCACCUAAAUACA